CUACUCAAGACUCCUGAGAUUCCUGUUAAAAGGACAUAGGUUUUGCACCCACUGGCUGCUUUGUGCUGGUCUCCACAGCCACCCACUUUUACGUCAGCAAGGGAAGCCAGUGUAUUUCCUGCCCUUCUUUAUCUAAAGGAAGUGCCAAAAUAAGCAUCAGCAGCAGAGCGCCCAAGCACCUUUUCCACUGGCCACUUAGUUGGAGUCCGAGGAAGAAGUCGGGAGGUUUACAACCACAGAAUCACCAUGAAGACCAUCAGGGUUCUUGUCCUCCUCCUGCUAGCAUCUGUCCAUGUCUUCACACCAGUUUUAUCAUCAGAUCAGGAAACAGCACCAGCAAACACAACGUUGCCAACAACAACACAAACAGCAACAACAUCAGCACCAGCAUUGGCAGAAGCCUCAACAACAUCAGCAGCAGCCUCAACAACAGCAGCACCAUCAGCAACACCCUCAACAACAACAGCAGCAGCCUCAACAACAGCACCAGCAGCAGUAGCAGCCUCAACAACAGCACCAGCAGCCUCAACAACCCAAAAGGUCAUGGCAGCACCAACAGCAGCACCAAAAGCAGCAGCAACAUCAGCAGCCCAUGUAUCUACCCCUGCUCUUUCUGAUGCCAGCAACAACAACACUCCAGUAAAUGGCUCUGUGAACCCAAGAUCUUACAACCAGGAGUCAGGAAACCACUCUGAGACCCAAACUGGGUCUAAAAGUCAUGAUGACACUGAAUAUUUUUUUGACACAAAUGAAGGUCGUCAGGCUGGCAGUGAUGACAAAGUCCCCCCCAAAGCAGACAAAAGGCUGUGGUGGAUUGUGUUGCCUGCCCUCCUGGUUGGAGCUGCUGCUGCCAUUGUGCUCAAAUUCAAAUGCAAGAAGAUCCAUGAUCACACAGAAACCAUUGAUACUGGAACUGAAAACGCAUCUUUCCAGAGCAGACCCGAAAGCACUAAAGAUGGUGUCAUGCUCCUCGGAGUGAAGUCAUCAGGCGGAGAAGAAAAUGCUGCUGCGAGAUAAAAAAAAAAAAAAAAAAGAAAGAAGAAAAAGCCAGCGGAUGAGUCACACCUGUCACCCACACACUGAUGGUCUGGAGGAACUGUUUUAGAUGUUUAUGAAUUCUGUGGAACAUUUUGUGAGGCAGAAAAGUAUGAUUAUGUAUGCUAAAAGCUGUUUAGUUUGCAACUGUGAUCAUAAAUCUCAGAGUAAGUGAACUUAUUUUCAACCAAAAUAUGUUCCUACAGACUUAAUACAGUACAUCUCUUUGAAUUGUUAGCAUAGGCUAAAUUCUGUAAGCAGAUGCAGCAUUGUCUGUGGAAUGUAUUUAAUGAACCUAGUCUAUGCACCCUUUUUUUCAGUAUACUGUUGACAAAGACAAACCUAAGUACAGCUGCAUAGCUCAUCUCCAUGUUGGGCCUAACACGCUCUCUGUACAGUGCACUGACCUCAGAUAUUUAUCACUGUUCAUUUCAUGGUUUUAUAAUUAUCCUUUGGUUGUGUUGUUACUAGGGGUGUAAAUCACAAGUUGUAUCACGAUACGAUUUUAAAUCGAUUCUUUGGACAACGAUAUGAUAUUUGCUGAUGUCACAAAGUCUGCCACGAUAACAUUAUGAUUU